CCAUAGGGGGAUCUAACUACCCCUUUCAGAGAGGAGGAAUAUUCAAUUAUGAAACAGCUGAUAAACACAAGAGGAGUUGCUGAGCCAAGUAGGAACACACUUUAGUAACAGAAACCAGACGACUGCAUCAUGGCGGGGAAGCCCAGGCUUCACUACUACAAUGGACGAGGUCGAAUGGAUUCCAUCCACUGGCUCCUGGCUGCAGCUGGAGUAGAGUUUGAAGAGAAAUUUAUAGAAACCCCAGAAGACUUGGAAAAGUUAAGCAAUGAUGGCAGUUUGAUGUUCCAGCAAGUGCCAAUGGUCGAAAUUGAUGGGAUGAAGCUGGUACAGAGCAGAGCCAUAAUCAACUACAUUGCCAGCAAAUACAACCUCUAUGGGAGAGACAUAAAGGAGAAAGCCCUGAUUGAUAUGUAUGCAGAAGGCAUGGCAGAUUUAAAUGAAAUGUUCAUACUUUUACCACUAAGUUCACCUGAUAAAAAAGAUGCGGAGAUCAACCUUAUCAUACAGAGAGCAACAAAUCGUUAUUUCCCUGCCUUUGAAAAAGUAAGUGGGCUGUGCAGAAGUCUGUGCUUUUGUGCGUUGCAGGCCCUGAAAACCAGGAUCAGCAACCUUCCUACCGUGAAGAAGUUUCUGCAGCCUGGCAGCACGAGGAAGCCUCCCAUAGAUGACAAAACUUUAGAAAAGUUAAAGAAGAUUUUCAAGAUUCCAUAAAGCAGGCAUGGAUGCCCAGCACGUGCAGGACCAAUCUUCUCAAGUUCUCCAACAAUGAAGCGCUCUUCCGAGAUGUAGAUCCUGGCUCUUGUGAGAAUAGGAAGCUUUUCCGAAGUAAUUAAAUAAUAAACCCCUAUGAGCCAAAUUAGUUACGAUUUAUUCUUUUUCAUUAAGAUCAAUAUGAAAUACAAUUUUCAAUCUCC